UUUGCAAUUAUAACAAAAUCAUUGAUUGUUUGGGCUUCUUCCGCUGAAAUCAUUAUUCAUUCACAAAAGUGUAGACUGUUAAUCAUUCGACAGUAAUUGACUCAUUACGUUUAGCGUGAGCGAAUUCAGGUCCACUUCUUCCUGACCAAUAAGAAACGUUUCGUCUAUUUUGGUCGCCAAGUCUAUUUAGAGCCAACGAUACAAUGUGCCGGUCAAAUGGGCUGUUUUGUGACUGCUCGAAAGUCACAAUCCCACAUUCAACGAUGAUGGAGUCGUCUGACACGAUUGAUUUCAUUAAACAUAAAUUCAGAUGUAGAAAUGCCAAUUAAGUUGUCCAAUCAAGAUAGGUUUUGUUACUUGUAUUUUAACCUAUCAAAUCAAAUUAAUGUACCAUUAGUAAACAGUGCACAAACCAUUACAAGAAACAAAAUGUUUGUUCGUGAAAAUAUGAGCACACAUUUUGAUCAACAUUAAAAACCCCUCACUUAGUUAAAUCUAUGGCUAAUCAUAUCCAAUAUAAUUUUCAUCAAUAGAGGCUUUGGAAUUUCAACCAACGGUGGAUAGGUGUCAGCCUUUGGAGUACAACAGCUAGAAGUAUAUUGCAUUACGAUGAGUUCGUCUUCCACGAUGAUUGGUUAACAAUGAUCAUGUAAUUUUAUGAAACGUGAUGUUUCUAAUGGUCACUUUGGAUCGUCAAAUAAAAAAGAAACAAACAAACACUUAAAAAAUGUAUAUAAACACGACAAGGUCUAACAAAAAUUAUUAACGUUGUGAACAAGAAGAUGAGGUGAGUGUUGACUGUACAGUUAAAGCAAAUGAGUAUGUUAUAUGAACUUUAAUUUGUUUCAAUGAAAUAAGGCUGUCUAUUUCUAUCUGAACCAUUCCAGGCAGAGCUUUGCAACUGGCCAGUUUAUACUUCUCUAUUCUAUCAUCGUAUUGAUUUAUGAAUUCUUUAACUGCUAUGACAUUUGCACAAAACCUGAAUUGGAGAAAUACGAAAAAACAAUUUUUGAAAGUGAUGCAUCUAGUUAUUCUCAUCACUACUAUUAUUCCCGGACAAUCCGCUCUAAUCAGUCUCUACCAGAUGUUAGACGCAGCUUUGAAAACGUGGAUGCUGAUAAAGAAAUUUUUGCGAAAUUCCCGUCUACGUUUUACGGUGCUGCAGUCAUCAAAUACAGAAUAACCAAAUUAGGUAAAAUUAGUGUGUACGGUCAACCGUACUCAGGAAAAAUUAGCAAUCAUAUGGGAAGCAACUAUGAGUCGGAAUCUGAAACUUUGGAUCAGGGGGAAUCAAUAGCCGUCAGAGAGCGUUUUUAUCGAGAUGCUUAUGAUAAAGGUCAGGGUCGUACAUUCAGUAUAACUACUAUGAUACAUCCGAAAGGGAAGAUAUCAUUCUAUUAUGAAAACAUUCCUAAGUUCAUUAACGAAACCGAGAAGCAGUCGUCUUUUUCGGUCACUAUUCCGUGCGGAAAAGAUAAGAAAGAAAUUGUAAUGAACGUUCCUGGAAAAUGGAUUCAAAGUGGAACGUUAGUGGAGUAUGAAGCUCUCGGGGAUUGUCCAAAACACAAUUCAACUGAAGCAUGUCAUGGAGCAACAACAUUGAAUACAAGGUGUAUUUGGUGUGAAACAGCCAACAUGUGCAUUACCAGCAAUGAUAAGGAUCUUCAUGAAUUCAAAGUAAAUGGUUGCAAGAAUAAUAGCUUGGAUGUCAAUGCUCCCACUGAACUAACAACUCCAGCAACUAAUGAAUUGAACAAGACUAAUCCAAGCAAUGAAUCACAUUUGGAAAGAAAAUCACUGUCACACGUGUACAUCGUUGUACCAUUAGUUAUAUGUUUUCUUAUUUUAUGCAUUGGUUGUGGCAUUUGGCUAUGGUUCUAUAGAAGGGAGAGAGUUCAUCAAUGGUUCUCACGAAUAGCUUCUCAAUUUUCCUCAUCAAGAUGACUGUGUUAUUUUAAUUUUCGUAUUUUAUGAAAUACUUUUUCUAUUCUGUUGAUCAUUUCAAUACAUUGAAGAUUGUUUCAUGGAACUGCAUAUCACAUUGAUGAUUGUUUACUUAAUGACUGAUGUCACUUUGUUGGUAGAAUAUAAAAAUAUAUUUUUUUGUAUUUG